AUGAAUUAUUAUGAGUAUGUCACGCAGUCUGCCGAGCUUCUGAUUCGCGGUCAACACACGCCUCUAUUCCUAGCGCCACAUCGUGGCCACGUCGCUGUAGUUCAAGCUAUACUCGCUCAUGGAGUCGACGCUAAUGCCCGAAGCCAGGGGAGACGCACGGCGCUGUACGAUGCUUAUAUCCAUGGUCAUAUAGAUGUGGUUGAGGCUCUUCGGGCUCACGAGCAGAUUGACAUUAACGCGUACGACUUGGAUGGCUAUACUCCAAUCUCAAUCGCAGCACGACAUGGCAAUGUUGAUAUUGUGAAGAUGCUGCUCGCCCGUGGCGCCAAUCCCGGGUUAGUACGCAGGAAAAAUUCGCAGGUUACUACUCUCCAUAGUGCGGUCGAGAAGCAAAAGCUGGAACUGGUUCGUCUUCUUGUUAACCGUGAAGACGCGGAUCUAAAUGCGUUGCGUGCAAAAUCAACCCUGUUACAGUCUGUCGUUGAUCGAAACAAUGAAGACCUCAUUAAGAUCCUGCUCACCGAUCCGAGAGUGGACCCUGACCUCACGGUUCGUCGUGACGCCCAGACACCCCUACUACGCGCAACAUUGAAGAACAACACGGAAAUGGUUCAAAUGUUGCUAGUUGCUGCGGCAAAUAAAAAUCUCAAAGAUAAAACGGGUCUCUCACCCGCUAUGUUGCUUGAAGCAAGCGCGGAGGCUCGAGAGGAGCUCGAGCGCGACCGGGGGUUAUUCGGCUCAAAGUCUCUCAGUAAGCUCGGAAUUACUGUAGAUUUGAUAAACCCCAAGGAUUCUCUGUCGCAGCUUCUAGUACAGAUAGAAAGGUCAGAUAUAUAG